AUGACUGAAUUAGAACCAACAGAGAACCGUUUAGACUGGGCAAGCCACAGAACACAAGAUCCUACAGGUCUUGUGAAGAUACGUAUCGAACUUGAAAGGAUGGGUGUCACUGAGAAUCAGCAACCUCAACCAGUUCAAGAGCCAGAAGCACCUAAAAAUCCAGAAGAAGAGGAUGCAAAGGAUGGAAAGCCAUUAGAAGAUCUUAUUGAUACAAGUGAAGUCAAGAUUACAUGCGAUAUUGACUGGCAACAAAAAAUAUUCAGUCCAACAGAAGUUAAAAACGCUAUUAAUGGUACACCAAUUAGCGACAAUCCAUCAUUAGCAAAUAAAUAUCAUGAUCAAAUCAUAAAACGCCGUCAAGAAAAUGAUUCAUAUUCAGGCAACGAAAUCUUUACAAAAGUAGCAGAAGAUCGUUAUAUUGAUCCUUCUGAAAUUGAUACACCAUUUUACAAUCCAGUAGGAGAACGUGAUCCAAAUGAAUUAGCAGAAGCAGUUCUUCAAGGUAAAGGUCAUGAAGAAAUGGUAGAAGUAGUCCGUCUUAAUGCUCAGACUAUGCAUAUUUUUGCAUCAAUUCCAUGCAGAAAUGGCACAGUUCAUGAAGAAUUACUCGGUAUUAUUCGUGUUUUCCCUGGAGGAAGAAUAGAUGUUCGCCCUCCAUUCUCCAACAAAUGCAAUCGUGAAUACAGAUUCUUUACUCCAUCAAGCGAAAUCGUUCGUUACAGAUUCAACGUUAUUGAAAACGCCGUUGAAUCAGAAACACCUUUCGAGCAUACAUUACUCUCAGAUAUCAAGCGCCGUCGUGCAAUCUUCGAGGCCGGCCAAGCAGAUUCUUCUCUUGCACAAGCACCUGAUCCACCAGGAACAGUUCGCAUGUUUUACAGAGGUGAAAUUGCCAGAGCAAUCAUGGACACAGCGCCAGGAGUAGCUGUUGAAUACCAGCUUCGUCUUCCUCCAGGAUGGGCCAAUGAAGAAACAGGUAUUCCUGUUCAAGGAUGCAGUCAAUACUCUCUUUGUGAUGAAAACGGUGUUUCCGCUAUCAAUUUACCAAUUGAUUUAGUCGCAAGAGCAGAGACACAGACAGCUCCUACAUUGUACUUGACAUUGCACUCAUAUACACCAGACGGUGCUCGCAUUGUCGAAGGAUAUGGACAAUGUGCACUUCCAAUGAGUCGUGGUUGCCAUGAGAUUGAAGUUCCUGUUUGGAGAAUAAGAGGAAGAGUUUCAGAAGAAUUAAGAUUGAUGUUCUUGGAUUCGGGUUUAGAACAGCAGGCACCUGUUGAACAGACAGAAGAUGACAAAUUCGGUGCUUUGACAGCAGAUACUGUUUAUAAUAGAUUCGGAUUGAGAACAGUUGGUGCUGGAAAAGUUAUUGUCAGAUUCAAUUUGGCAAUGCAGUCAUCUCUGUUUGGAAGAAGGCCACAGACUAAUAUGGCUGGAACUAUGUCUAUGUUAGGAUCUUCUCAACCUUCUAGAAUGUCAACAAUCGCAAGUAGAUUAACAGAUAACAAAUAA